AUGGCGUUAAGCGAUAUUUUGGAAAAUCUAACGAAGCCUGCUCCUUCAUUUUUUGAUGCCGAAGACGAUUUUGGAGACAAUACUCAUGCUCAACUUACUACCAAAGGAAAAGAUGAAGUGGAAAGUAUUGGUUCUUCUAAGCUCCGUCAGCAAGCAGCUUCACUUCUCUCAGACACUGAUGUCAAAUAUGCUGGAAAGAAAUCUUCACGCAAGCAAAUCUUUGAACAACAUCCAGAAAAUGGUGAUAUUUCUGAUGAGGUAAAUAAUGAUGUGGGAGACUUGGAUUCUGAAGAUGACAUAGACAUUGAAAGUUUCAAUAAAAAUAUCAAAGAAAAAUUCCAGACUGGAAGUACAAAGGAGUUGGGCUCUGAUGGUUUUAGUGACUAUGAUGAUGACAUGGAAGAGGAGGAGGAUGAAGAUGAUGAUGAUUAUGAGGAUGAAGAUGAUGAUGAUGGUGGAGAUGAGGAGGAGGAGGAGGAGGAUGAAGAAGAAGAUAAUGAAGAAGAAAGGGAUGAAACCAUGAAACCAGACAAGGGAGAAGAAAAAGAUAUCCAAAGUUUUUCUAAACUUGGUAUUGUGAAUGAAAUGACCCAGGGAAAAGCAGUGCAGUGUCAAUUGGGUUUGCUGGAUAACUUUUUAGAAGCAAGGAUCAAAAUUCAGAGGGUUCUUGCUUCCAUGAAUCAAAUCCCACAACCAGACACUUGGAAUGAUUUUAUGACAGAAGGAGGAAACAAAUUCUCUUCGACUGUCAGUAAGGUUCAAGGUUCACUCUGCAACUUGCUGAACUCCUUGGUGGAACUCCAGACCACAGUUCUGAUGAAGAAUCCCCAAACUCAACACAUCGUAACUGGAGAAAAAGCCAAAGAAGAGGAUAGUGACGAGGAGAUCUUCAGUGAUUUGGAAGAUGAAGAUGAUUCUGGAAGCAGAGAAAAACAAAAUAAGUUGAAUACAGAAAUGAAAAGAAAACUUACCAUUGAUGAAUUUCCAAUGUUUGUUGCUAAGAGAGCAAAAACAUUUGAGUCUUACAGAAAUUCUACAAUCCAGAAAUGGGAUGACAAGACAAAAUUAUCAUCUGGGAAGAUCAGCAGUAAGUCGUUCAGUGCACUUGAUCAGUCGGCCAUGAAACAAGUGAAACAGAUUUUAUAUGACAAAGAGAGGCUUAUAAAAAGAACUCAGCUGCAACGGUCAAUUUAUAAAAUCUUUGGGAAAGGAGAAGAACAGAAGCCAGAUCAAGAAGAAAUGUUAAAACGGAUAUCAUCUCAAGAGCAUCUAAAAAACAGGGACCCAGAAAUCUUUGACGAUUCAGAUUUUUACCAUAUGCUGCUGCAAGAUUACAUUCGAAGAAAAUCAACUGAAUCCAGUGAUGUUUCUGCAACAACAAAGCAAUGGAUGGAGAUUCAACAAUUACGAAGCAAAAUGAAAAGGAAAGUUGACACAAGAGCAAAUUAUCUCCCUUUUCUUCUUUUUUUCUUCUUUUCUUUUCUUCUUUUCUUUUCUUCUUCUUUUCUUUUCUUCUUUUCUUUUCUUCUUUUCUUUUCUUCUUUUCUUUUUUUCUUUUCUUCUUUUCUUUUUUUCUUCUUUUCUUUUUUUUCUUUUCUUUUCUUUUUUUUUUUUUUUUUUUUUUCUUUUUUUCUUUUUUUUUUCUUUUUUUUUUUUUUUUUUUUUUUCUUCUUUUUCUUUUUUUUUCUUUCUUCUUUCUUUUCUUUCUUCUUUCUUUUUCUUUCUUCUUCUUUUUUUUUUCUUCUUUCUUUUCUUUCUUCUUUCUUUCUUUUUCUUUCUUUUCUUUCUUCUUUCUUUUCUUCUUUUCUUUUCUUUCUUCUUUCUUUUCUUUCUUCUUUCUUUUCUUUCUUCUUUCUUUUUCUUUCUUCUUUUCUUUCUUUCUUUUCCAACAACCUCAGCUAA